UAGUCGGCCUCUGGAGCGAAUGCUCAAGAAGCUGCGAUGUCGGUGAACAAGUUCGUUCGGUUCGCUGUUGGAGAAUGUUGGCCCCGGGUUUCGAUAGCAGUGUUCAUGUGUACCUUUGUAACUCGGCAGUAAGACCUGCAUCCAGUCGGAAGUGUAACAACCAGCCGUGCGGUCCUCAAUGGGAAAUGUCAACAUGGUCAACGUGUUCUUCUCUCUGUGGUUAUGGAAUUCAAAGACGCCAUGUUCGAUGUAACUCAGGCAAUGAAAUACAUUGUAAUAGAUCUACGAAACCGACAACACACCAAUCCUGCUUCCACCCUCCUUGUGUCCACAGUUGGAAAGUGAAGAAAUGGUCGAAGUGCAACGGUCCGUGUGGCCGCGGUGUACAGCAUCGGGACGUGAUAUGCGUUGACCGAAAUGGAAUUAGAAGCGACAUCAGAUCCUGCGAUAAAAACACCAAACCACAAACGGUACAAGGAUGUGGCUUUGCACCAUACUGUCCGUCGAUGUGGGUGCCACAGGCUUAUGACACGUGCUCAGCUUCCUGUGGCCAAGGAAUUGUAACCAGGAAAGUAGUUUGCGGACGCGUGGUUCGAAACAGUUUCCAGUUGCAAUCAGAUGCCCACUGUCGCCAUAAACCUCGGCCAACAAGUACAACCACCUGCACCGCGAAACCGUGCCUCUCCAGCUGGUAUGUCACAGAAUGGUCAAAGAAUUCUUAA